AUGACACCGUACGUUGAUAAUGAACUUCUGAUGAUUCAUGCAUUUCAGGCAAGUCUGACGGGUCCUGCCUUGAAGUGGUAUCUCAUGAAGAAGAUAAAUGGCCUCAAAACCUGGAAGGAAGUUAGCGAAGCAUUCCUAAAGCAGUACAGGUUCAUAACGGACAUCAUUCCCACCCGUGAUGACCUCGAGCGUGCUCAGAUGAAGAAGAAUGAGUCAUUCAAGGAUUGUGCUAUCAGAUGGAGAAACAUAGCCGCACAGAUUAUCCCAGAACCCAUAGAUAGUGAAUUGAAGAGGAUGUUUAUUAAAACUCUACCGUUCGAAUACCGUAAUCGGAUGAUUGAGAUAGGGCUGAAAGAUGGGUGGUUUGUGGAGCCGUCUUCUUCGACCAACAGAUUUAGUACAAGAAAGGAGAAAGAACCGGCAGCUGAAGUGAAUGUGACUUAUACCCAACCGGGCCGGCGGAAUGCUAACCCUAUCCCAGCAAUCCAAGUAGCAGAAGCUCAACAACAAAGCAUGGGUCGUCAACCCUUUCCGAAGAAAAACAACAAGAGGCAAUUCAACCCCCUCCCCGGGUCGUUAUCUCAAGUACUGGCGGUCCUCCGGAAGAAAGGUUUGCUUACCACUGAGCCAAAGCGGCCCAAUCCUGAGCAGUUCUAUAACUACGAUCCGUCUAAGAAAUGCGAUUAUCUUAUGGGCGAGGUGGGGCACUCAACCAACGAUUAUUUUACCCUCAAGCACCGAAUCCAGAACCUCCUGGACACGAAGGCUUUCUCGUUUCAGCUCGUUAAGCCGAAUGUUCAGAGCAACCCGCUCCCUGAUCACGCGGGCAAUGUGAAUGCAAUAUUUAGUUUCGAUGCUGGUCGAAUCAAGAAUGUCAAGGUGUAUACCACCGACGUCUACGGUGAGUUAGUGAAAGCCGGUUAUUACCCGAGUUACGAGGUCCUUCCCCUGGCUAUCAUGAGAGAAAGAAUCUCAAGAAUGGUAGAAGCUGGAAUGAUCAUUUAUGCUGAUCACACUGGCACCGUUUCUACUAUCUCCGAAGUGUCUCGAUGUUGA